CCCAAGGUGCCAGGACAACCGAGAAAGAGCCGCAAGCAACGUGGAGCCAGUGCCACCGAGGUGGCCCAAGGGGACAGGGAGCCCGCGGGUGCUACGGCACAGGGGACUGUGGUGCCCGUGAGGGCUCCUGUAAGUUCACCACUGUCCUCACGGAAGAGCAGAGGGAAGGAGAAGGCAGCCAAGCCAGCCCCCGUGAAGCUGGGGAGCGAGGAGGCAGGGGAGAGCAAGCGGCCAGUGCCCAGCCCUGGCACGGACAAUGGCGAUGUGGCCAUGAGCUCUUCCCCAAAGGUGAAGGUGAAGGAGCCGGGGACACAGCCCUUGGGGAAGACGAAGGCCACCAAGCAUUCAAAGCCAGGGCAGGCUGGUGGCUUGGGCGUACGUGACAAUGUGCCAGUGAUCCCUGCCAGUGGAGCUGCGGCUCCUUUGGGAGAGGCAUGCCAGGAGAUGCCAGAGAAGCUUCUCCAUCCCAAGAGCAUGGCAGCUUUUGGAGAGGAUGCUGCUGAGGGAGCUCAUAGGGAACCAGCAGCUGAGACCCCCAGGGAGUUGGGACCCCCUUGCUUUGCAGCUGGGGCCUCUCCAAAGGCAGACACCCUGGACGUGACUUGGCCUGAGAUGUACGACUAUUUGUUCUGUGACUCCCAAGGGGAAGAAGAAGGAAUGGGGAACUCAGUGGAGGGGAAGGAAACGCCCUUGGAAAGGGAAAUAUCCUUGCCUGAACUAUAUGAAUAUUUUUUCAAUGAACCAGAAGGAAGCAGGAAAAAAGUCAAAGGUAAAGACAGGAAACGAAAGAAGUUCAGCAGCAACGCUCAGCUGCCAAAUGAGGAUCCUGACUCGCCUCCAGUCAAAGGCCCUGUGGUCAUCACGGUCCCUGAGGUGUACGAACACUUCUUUCCAGAUGGGCCUAGGAACAGGGCAGGCUGGAGAGGGAUUUUCUCCAUCACUCCAGCCUCCGAGGUGAAGAAAGCUGUAGGGGCUUUGAAGUCCUUCCUGCAAAGGCCAAUGUGUCUCGUCAGAGGCCAAGCCCCAGUCCCCCAGGCUCUCGUCCGGAGAGGAUCUGCAGAGAAACUUCCUCUUGUCCCACUGGGUCCGCUGGGAGGAAGCCAAGCACGGCCAGAAAGUUUGAACAUGGCCCUUGCACUGACAGGGAGGCCCCAGGCUCCGCUGGCGCUGACCCACAAAGACAUGUGCCUCGUCUUCUGUGCCUUUGCAUCCUGGGCAGUGAAGACCUCCGACCUGCAAGCUCCAGAUGCCUGGAAGACCAUGUUCCUGGCAAGUUUUGGCACGCUUUCUGCCAUCCGCUACUUCAGAAGGCAGGUCAGAGAAGGACGCUCUCAGACCUAG